AACAUUAUUAUUAUAACCAUGUAUUCAUCUUAUGGUAGCACUAGGCUCUGGCACGUCACAUUUGGUGGACAAACCAUUGUAACAACUGUAACUAGCAAAGCUGCUGUUGUCAAUGAAUGGGCUAGUGAAAUGCUCUCCAAGUAUGCUGGAAAACAAACUGUUGUGGGUUUAGACAGUGAAUGGAGGCCCACAUUUAGCCCAUACACUAGCAACAAAUCAGCCACUCUUCAGCUCUGCAUUGACAACACGUGUCUGAUUGUUCAGUUGUUUUAUUUGGACGAAAUACCACAAGUCCUCAAGAAAUUCUUGGCUAAUCCUAAUUUUAUAUUUGUGGGUGUUGAGGUUGCUGAAGACAUUUCUAAAUUGAAAAAUGAGUAUGGUUUGGUUGGUUCUAGCAUGGCUGAUAUUCGUGAUGUUGCUAAGAAUAAGUGGCCUGGCAGGUUUUCACGUCCAGGAUUGAAGGAACUUGCUAGUGACAUAUGUGGUCUCUAUAUGCCUAAGCCAAAACAUGUUUGUCAAAGCAAUUGGGAGGCAAGGUUUCUUAGUGAGGCCCAAGUUGAAUAUGGUUGCAUUGAUGCUUAUGCUUCCUACAAAAUUGGUCACAAGCUUCUUAUGGAAAAUUGAGUCUUAAUCUUAAACUUUUUGUGAUUGUGCUAUGUGGUGAAGUCUGUUGUUUUUAAUUUCGUAGUGUUUUGGCUCAUAAUGCAGUGUGUUUUGCCAAGUGCUUUGUCGUAUGAAGUUAAAUUACCAAUCGUGGAUUCUGGAUGUUAUUCUUAGUAAUGUAUCUUUUUUUUAUUAGAACUGUUGCGCAUUAU